AUGGUGGAAAUCCUUAUUUCAAAUGGUGCCGAAACCACCAUCAAUGAUUCAGAUCAUGGUUUUUCAUUACUACAUGUUGCAACCAUAGUUAAAAAUAGAAAAAUUAUUGAUAUUCUAAUUAAAUAUGGUGUAAGAGUGAAUGAUAAUUCGAACAAGUUUGGUCUCACUCCUCUUUUAUUGGCAUCACUUUUGAAUUAUAAAGAAAUCGUUCAAUAUCUGAUUUCACGUGGUGCAGAAGUCGACACGACAGAUAAAUAUGGAAAUAAUGCAAUUGCUUAUGCAUUAUUGUAUAACAAUAAGGAAUUCAUGGAAACUGCGCUUAACCGUUUUCAUCAAGAGAUAGAUUCUAUAAAUUAUAAAACAUUUGAUUUGGAAAGAAAUAACAAAGACUUGAUCAAACUUCUAAUUUCAUAUCAUGUAAAUAUCAGAGGACAAAAUACUCAUGGAAAUUCACUUCUUCAUAUUGCAGCAUUAAUGUCAAAUCCAAAGAAUGCCGAAAUAUUGAUUUCUCAAGGUGUUGAAGUAAAUUCAUUCAAUAAGUUUGAUCAGACUCCCCUUGAUAUGGCAGUUAUGCGUUAUAAGAGAGAUCAUAACCAAGAUUCUCUUGAUUCUGACCAAGAAGAUAACAAAGAGUUUGUUGAUUUUGAUAAAGAAGAUUUUCUUGAUUCUGGUACAAGAAAUAGCAAAGAUUUUCUUGAUUUAUUGGAGAAAAAGAGCGAAAUGGUAGCUCUCUUAAGACUGAAUGGUGGAAUUUCUAAUUCUAACAGAGAGAUAAAAAACAAGGAUAUCACACAUAUGAUGUUUGAUUAUUUCUGGGAUAGACGUAACCGUCCAAAAUUCCAAUUUUGGAAUUUCUUCAUUUUAAUUAAUAUUACCUUAUAUGUAGGAAGACAGAUACAAGCAUUUACAAAUAAUUUUAUGAAGCUGCUUUUGAAAGCAUUUCGGUUGAUACUUGUGGGUGUUGGUGUGAUUUAUAUACUUCGCUAUGCAAUACGCGUUUACUUAAGUUAUUAUGAGCAUUCCCUUUUUUGGGAUUAA